GUGAAGUGAUCAAAAUAUGGCAAAGGAAAAGUAAAGACGGUUCUUUCUUGCUGGUGUGGGUGUUACUACUUUCGUGAAAUGUCUCAUCCCAAAACCCCAUCAGAAUCUUUUUCAUCCUUUUCCCAUUAUUAGAAAGUGGGUAUUGAAACCCUCAUUUCCCCUCUGUUCUCGACUCACACGCCAUUUUCCUAACUCUCAAGCUUUCUUCUGCAACAAUGGAGGAUGGUUCAGCUUCACGGGUCGGCCCACGAUUCUUCAAAAUACUUCUGCAGGAAGACAUUGAUCAAGACCAGCACAUGCUGAUUCCCAUGAAAUUCAGCAAUGAGCAUUGCUAUGGUCUCCCAAGUAAGGUGACUCUCGAGCUCCCAAAUGGGGAUUCCUGGCUCGUACAGCUGGUUAGAGAUGAUGAAAGAAGGGUUUGGUUCAAGAAGGGAUGGCAGCAGUUCUCGCGACACUACAGCUUCCAACACGGCCACUUCCUGCUCUUCGAGCUUCAGGGGAAAUCCCAUUUCCACGUCGUGGUAUUCGGUCGAUCCGCGGCAGAGAUCGACGACUCGAGGUUCGCAGUCGAUCGCUCCUGCCCUGAAGAAGUAGCUCCAGGUGUUGGAAGGAUGAAGAAGGUGGGAGAUCCCAAAGGCAAAGCUCCUGCUGCAGAAUUUGCAGACAAUGCUGGAAGAAAGUUGAGACCUUCAUCCUCCAACCUUCCAAAUGAUCCUGGCCUCGCUGCAGCCGGCGCGAACAUUCCCACGAAGCAGCCUUCUUUCAGUAAAGUGAUCAACAAGCAUUUCUCUUCUCGUGGCAGUCCUAAUUUCCCACUGGAUUUCAUCCGCAAGUACAUCACGAAAUCGAGCAUGGAGUUGCUGCAGCUUAGAGUUGGUGACAGAACAUGGGAGGUGAAGCUGUUGGCUUACGAUCACCACGGCUACAGUAUCCCGUCCAGAGGCUGGAUCAAGUUUGCCACUGACAACAAGUUGAACAAAGGCGACAUUUGCAGAUUUGAAGUCGCCGCCGCGAAGAAGACGCUCAACGUCCACAUCCAGAGAUUGGUGUAGUCUAGGCUAGAUUGUGUGUUUGAUGUAAUGUUGAAGUAAGUAAAUACCUCAGCCUGCUAGCUAGCUCAAGCUCAUGUCAUGGAGGAAGCAAUAGCUAGAUACAAGAAGAAAAAAAUGUCAGCUUUGAAGGGACUCAUCUUUCCCUCUUUGCAACAAGCAAAGAAAAUGUAAGAAAAACAUCUAGAUCAAUCAAUUAUUGUUCGUAUCUCCAUGGAAUGUAUCUUGCUGGAAAGAGUAUCAAGAACAGAAGGAAGGUUGCUUUUGUGAGUCUAGUAGUUUUUCAGUUGCUACUAUUCGGGCUGCGCUGCCUGAAAAGCAGAAAGCAGCAGACUUGAAGAAAGAACGAAAGACCAUUGGAGAGAGUGGCUUUGGGAAGGAACAAGGAAGAGACAAGAGGUGGAGUGUGUAAUAAAACACUAAAUAAAGACGCUUCUAGUCUCUCUCUCUCUCUCUUACUCGUUCAGUCUUUCUCCUUUCAACUCCUUCAUGGGAAAGUUUCCUUGUCUCCAGAAUGGGUUUUGAUCAACUCCAAACCCCAUUCGACUUUUCGAUGAUUUGAUAAUUGUUGGCACGACCCAUUGAUGAUCUCUUUCUCUCAACUCAAGCUAGACCCAGAACCAAGCUUCACUCUUAAUCAGUCUCGUCUUCAACACUGAACUUCAAAGGGUGUGGCUGAUGAAGAUGUUUUGAUUGAUUUUUGGGGGUUAAUGGGUCACAUCUUAUCUUGUUUUCUUCGCUGUCUUUGUGGCGGCCGCCGCAAAGAUCGUGACGAUGAAGAAAUAGCAAGGCCGAAAUCGGUCCAACAAGGCGAAAAUCCCCUGCCUCCAACAGCCACCAUCAUUGAAGAUGUGAACCUCCGUGAUGCACUGCUCACCUCCAUCUCCAAUGGUGAUGGGGAAUUACAGCAGUAUGGCUUGUUGGUUGCUUUAGAAACACCUCAAGUUCCAAAACACUUUGUUUUGUUUCCGGGGAGCAGCACUCCACCAAACCCUCCCUGCAGCAAUGUCGAUCCCUCCACUGAAGCUCCAUUGUCAAUGCAAGAUGGGCUUGGAGAUUCAUCAAUUGGUAGGCAGCGGGGUGACAGUGUAACCAUUGAUUUCGAUCAGCUCGUGCAUAUGAAGAAGGGGCAAGGAAGAAGUUAUGAUCAAGUAUGUGUGGAUAUCUCGGCCUUUAAGCAAGCAGAGUUAAACAGCCGACAGGAAGUGAAGCUGAAGCUGUGCGAGGUGAAGGAGGUGUGGAAGAAGCAUUACUGCAGCAGGCACAAGAUUCUACUGGUUGGGGAAGGCGAUUUCUCGUUCUCGGCUAGUUUGGCUUUGGCCUUUGGCACUGCUGCUUUCAACAUUGUUGCUACUUCACUAAAUUCCCAAGAGUUUUUGAGCAAGAAUUACAGUAAAGCUAUGGCAAAUAUCGCUGGACUAAGAGCUAGAGGGUGUUUGGUAAUGCAUGGGUUGGACGCCACGAAAAUGGCGGACCACGUCUUGCUCAAGGGAAUGAAGUUUGAUCGCGUCGUUUUCAACUUCCCACAUGCUGGAUUCUACCCCGCAGAAUCUACAAAUUCACAGAUUCGGUUCGUUAAGAGGCACCAGAAGCUGAUAAGACUGUUCUUCAUGAAUGCCAAGAAGCUGCUGAAAGAAGAUGGAGGGGAAGUUCACAUCACGCACAAAACGAAUGCGUUCCAUAGGGAAUGGGAUCUGGAGGGCUUGGCUUCGGUCACCGGGUUGAUGCUUGUUGCUAGGGAGAAGUUUAAUUUCAUAGAGUAUCCAGGCUACAAGACCAAGUACGGGUUUGGAGGCGACAAUAACUUCAACUGCAAUCCCAGCAGCACCUACAGAUUUCAAGUUCAGAAAACUGCAACCUAAUGUUGUUUUAGUCUCAAUGUUGAUCUGCUCGAUGCUUUGAUUCCGGUAUGCAGACUGUGGUUUCCGUUAUAAACUUAUUUUGGGGAGGGCAUUGUACAGCGGUGUGCCUUUUCUUCUGUGUAUAUCUAUUUUGGGAAGCAAACAAUGAUGUAGGGCAUUCCAAGAAGUGAGCACUGACCAGAACCAGAGUUCUUGUAAGCAGGGGAGGAGAAUGCAGUAGGACUGUAGGAGCUUGGUUAUAGCUCGAUCCAUCGGCACUAUCAAGGGCGGAAGAGGGGAUUGUCAUUAGCCAGUGUCAAUGUUGCCUCUCUUUCAAUGUCAUUUUCCAAAUUGCAGCAAUACAGCAAUGCAAAUGUAUGAUGGCUCAGCAUCACUCUUUCGUUUCUUCCUCGCCUUCUGUUUUGUCACGUCCCUCCUGACGAAAUAUUUAGAAUUUUUUCCUUGCCUAGUACGUCAUCGACGCCUCCCAGCAGGGGGGCGGAUUGAGAACCGUGACCCAUGAGCGAACCAACGAAAUCUUAACUCAUUGUGGUGGACUGUGAACCUUGAACCAUAGAUGGAAUAGAACGACGUUGAAUCCCAUCCAACCAUUAAACUUCAAACCACUUGUCAAGCCGGCUUGACGGCUUAAUCCGACAGUUCGACAACCUUGGGCUUGAAGCCAAAUUUCCACCAAAAUUUAGGCAAUAAGAUGGGAGAGGCCUACCAGCUGAGGUGUAAUGUGUAAACCAAAUCCAUUCUGCCAGCUGCAGUAUACUGUUUAUGCAUCUUCUUCUGAAA